AUGUAUGCGAAACCGAGUGCCAUCCGCAGCAGCGUUCCCAAAGGCAACAACAGCGCCGCGAGCGCCAUCAAGUCGUUGAAGGCCAUUCACCAGAUCACUGGCCAAUAUCUCGUCGACAAAAAGAAUGUCCAAGCCGCCGAUCAAAGGAACACCAGCGGAGACGUCUCCGACCGCGACAUGGAGGAGGCCUUCUCAGUUCUGACUGAGGUGAAGCAGUUGCUGGCAUCCUCCGCGGGCUACAGGAUGAUGGCGGCGGCUGUUGUUGUUCCGCCUAAACCCAUUGUUGAAAAGUCAUCGGAUGGUGCUGCUCGUCCUCCUCCGCAGGAGGUGAUCAUGGGAUUGUUUGCGCAGAUGAGUGUGGUAUCGGCCAUCAACCUUUUCAAGCACUGGGGUAUUUUUGAUGCCAUCCCCAUCCCCAUCCCCAUCACGGUGACCAACAAUAAUGGUUCCGGAUCGGAAGAAUCCGAAUUGAACGGGGGGAUCUCGUUUGCCGACCUUGCAGAGAAAGUGAAUGUUGAGCAGUCCUUGUUGAUCCGCAUCUCCAAAAUGCUCACUUCAACCGCCAUCCUCGGCCGGUCCCAGGAUGGCCUAUGUCUAUACCACACCCCCACGUCCCUCUUUCUCGUCUCAACACACCCCAUGUCGGCCAUGUUUUCGCUCCUGCACACCAACAUCGUGUCUGUAUCCGCAUCCCUGCCGUCCUACUUUGACACGUACGGCCGCCGUGAGCCCGUCGGCGUCAACCAUGUACCGUUGACUGUGCACGAGAAGAAGCCGGAGCUAAAGUACUUUGACUUGGUGUGUCAGGAUCCAAAGCGUAUGGCCGAGUUCAUGAAGGCCAUGUCUAUCACCCAUUCAUCGAGGGUGCCGACCGUCGGCAUUUACGACAUGACUUUGGUUUUGUCUGAAGCGAGGGCUGGCGGACGUGAGACGGUCUGGGUCGAUGUUGGCGGUGGCGGCGGCCACUCGGUUAAACUUUUUUUGAGGGAGUAUGGUGGACAUGACGGUUUGAAGGCCCACCAGUGUGUGGUUCAUGAUUUGGACGACGUCGUUCAGGAGGGUGCAAGGAGAGCAGGUGUCCAAGAAGAAGACGAUGAGAUGAAGGGCGUAAGGUUCCUGCCAUUGGAUUUCCAUUGCCAGAGUCCUGUUAAGGGCGCGCUGAUUUACUACCUCCGGCACAUCAUGCGCGACUAUUCGGAUCCUGUAUGCUCCAAUAUCUUGCGCAACGUUGCCCGUUCACUUUCCCCCGAAGCUCGGAUCCUCAUCUCUGAGCAGAUCACUCCAGAAGAGGGUCCUCCUACGACCUCGCAGCCGUCUUCUCAGCAGAUGUACGCUGCCUUUAAGGAUUUCUCUAUGCUUUCAAUCGGCGGAAAGGAACGCAGCCUUGAUCAAUGGAGGUCCGUCGCCGCUGAAGCCGGCUUGGAGAUCUCUCGAGUGUACAUGGAUCCAAAGGGAACUGCCCAUGGCGUGGUUGAGUUGAAGCUCGCGGAUACUUGGAGCGAAGAGGUCUCUGCGUGA